AUGUCCCACGCCUGGCUGGAUUCCCUCUCCGAGGAUUGGGUCUCUCAGCCUCGAUCCGACACUUCGCAGGCGCAAUUGCCCGGUCCCUCGGUCGCGCACGAGAACACAAGGCCCGGCAAGGCGCCCGAGUCUGCCAGCAGGAUACCGCGUCUGAGCUCGAGCCCGCGCAAAUCGCUGCCUGUCACGUCCGAUGUCUUGAGCGAGAGGAGCUCGAAUCAAGUCAACAUUCCCUUGUCGCAACGCGUAGCGUCCAAGGCCUCGGCAGAGAGCGCGGCGUCGCAGCGCGGACGGCAUCUGAGCCGGUCCUUCUCCGCAUCGACCACCGAGGGUUCCGUGCUCCACAACACCGUCCACCACAAGUCGCUCAGCGCAUCGCCGGCCAAGCUGCGAGAUUCCAUCCCCGAGUGGAGGAGGCGGCUGAUCUACAACGAACGCGCCUACGGCGAAGCCAAGGACCUCUUCAGCUCGGCCGGCACUGGGCUCGAGAACAUGUUCUACCCUCCGCCGCCCCCCGAGGACCAAGACCUCAGCAAUGAAGGCCCGACCGCACACGACAUGACCCUGCCCUCGAGUCCACCGCCAUACCUCAGCUCGCGUCGCAAGAAAGUAAUGUCGGGAGAAGCCUUUGAUCAAUCGCACGACGAUUUCUCCGAGAUCAACCCGGCGCCACACGGGCGACAGAUGCGCUACAAACUACACGCGGAAGCCCAAGAUACCCUUGGUGACAGCAGCAGGCCCGACGAGUCGACAGAAGGGUCGAGGGGCCGCGCGCCCCAGGAAUCCACACAAGACCAGAACCGGAGCUCGUACACCUCCGUGACGGCCAAGCAUCUCUUCGACGCGUCGCGCAAAACUAGUGGGAAGAGUGACGUGCGCCAUGAGGACUUCAGUCCCAUUUUCAUCGGCAGGCAUAGCAAUGAGGACGGGCGCGUGAGCUUCGCCCCCGUCGAGCUCUCGCCCGAUCAGCUCAAGAGGCGCUUGGAUAAGCUCCGCCACAAUCAGAUGUUCCUCGACUCGGAUUCCGUCAACCAGGAUGAGUCCGCGUCCGCAGGAGCCCAUGAGGAGGAUUCUCGAAUCCAGGAUUCGACCGAGGAAUAUGCGCGGCAAGGCGCUUUCCUCAAUCUCAACAGAGGAGGUCUCUCUGCCGAGGGCUCAUUCAGACAUCGUCCUCUCAGCCCUCCGUUACCCACAGACACUUCGGAGAUGCUUCCGGAGUCGUCUCUACAAGCAAGCACGCCAAAGCAGUUUCCGGGCACUGCCAAAGGCACACUUAGAACAAAUGCGCCGCCCGAACCUACAUUCCGCUUCCCUAGCCUAAGCCCAGACUUGCCCCGGGUCCCAAACCCGAGUCCCGAGAAAAGGCCGCUGUCUAGUGGAAGCGCGUUGAAACUCUUUGGGCCAUACGACACAUUUACCAACCAGACUUUGUUGAGACGCAUCAGUCAAUUUGAAGAUCCAAUGACCGAGAGCCCUUCGCGUUCCUUUGACGAUCCCGCUCAAAGACCUCGAGAGGAGCCACCCUCAAAGUCUGAAUUCAACCGCGGGUCUGCCACAGAUUCCAGCCCUCGUAGGUCUCCAAAUGUCAGCCGAGGCCACCACGAGACCUUUGGAGCGAUCAACAGGUUCGGUGCCGGUGAACUCGACGACUAUGUCUUUAGUGAAGACAUUACCCUGGACCCUAGCGAGCGCUCUAAGCUGGCCGAUAAAGAAAACGUUGCGCCGGAUGGCGGCUCACCAGCCCCAAGCCGCAUGAUCAAAUUUGAUCUGAGCCAUCGCUCAUCCUUCUCCGAAAGUGAUCCCCUUCAAGUACGGCGCAGGAGAGGCAGAUCCAGCACGUUGGCGAGCUCAUCAAGACAAUCUGCCAGCGGAUUCGCGUCCCGGCCCCAGAGCUCGUCGAACAUGGGUUCCGCUGGACUUACUCGCAUGGCAACCCCGAAGAGAGACGGCUCAGAAGGCAAGAGACCACGCACUUCACCAUCAAAAGAUCCCACCCCAAAACGAAGGCGGACUCUCCACAGAUCUGACAUCGCAUUCGGCUUGGAGGCACACCCCGCAGCCAUAGAAGCCGUUCAGACCAGCCACUACCAAAUGCAAACCGGCCUUGAGUGGCGGCACAAGGAUCUCCUGCAGGGCCAGAUCCACCAACUCAUUCACCCAGCUGUUAUGGCACACAGAGAGGUACAAAGACCACGUACGCCGACACCGAGUCAGAGAUCCUCCGUACAGCGCGAGCGGGAGCCUCUGGGAGAUCUGUACCUGACCGCCGGUCAGGAGCUCGAAUCAGCGUCGGUCGACGACUCUGAGAUCUUUAUGCAAGAUUUCGCCAUUGACGGAUCCCGGAAGACUUCGAUCAAAACACAAGAUUUCCUGGAUGAAGCCGAGAAGAUCAUGGGCAUGAUACGCAGCAGGGCGCGACUUCCGCAGACAGGAUUAGCGAGUGUCGAGGAGUCUGAAGCGGAACAGUCCGAACAGCGUAAAUCCACAACCCCCGAGUCGCCCAACGAGGAGUCUUUUGAAGAAUCGUUCGAAGAGCCCUUCCUAAGGCCGCCAAGUCGAGACGGCCGACCUGUCCCACGAGUAAUUGUCCGUCAGGAGGAUCCAGAACUUGCUAGCAGACUCAAGCAGUACGAGGAGGUCAGUGAUAUGGGGGAUCUCAUCACAUACUCCAUGCGCUCUAUGGGACUGGCCAGGGAUGCGAUUCAAGAGGUCAACAAGAUCAAGCAGUCUGUCCAGCAGAGUAUUCGUAACAGUGAGAUGCGACACUCGUCCUCAGAUGGAGGCGAGGUCAUCAGCGAUCUUCCUAAUGUGGUUCUAUCACGUAACCCGGAUGCCCCUGACACCGGUGAGGAAGGACCGAUCGCAUCACAUGGUUCACACUCUUCGAACUCCUCAUCCGGAGGGUCUGUUCCCACCGGCUCGUCGCGUGGUUCAGACUCCAGAAGACUCAUCGGGCCUGAUGCUGUGAGUCAGCUUAUUGGAGACCAAGUGGGCAACAUGGUGUUGGACAAGGACAAGAAUAUGUGGAUGAAGAUGAGAACGCCGCGGCCGGUCAUUCGGAUGACCAGCAUCCUCCCAUCCGAAGACAGCGAAGAUGAUCCUUUUGCUAGCAUACCUGACCUAUCUGUCGACGUCACCAAGGAAAAGCAGCAUCUUGCCUUGAAGACAGCACCGCUCGAAGACUUGGAGGAGUAUGUGAAAGAGGACUUUCCUCACCCUCCGUCUUCGGGCCGCAAGACAUAUGCAACGGAGCAGUCCUUUGAGGGGAGGAGCAUCUUGAGUCACACCAAGAGCUCUUUCGCGACUCUCAAGCAGACCAUGUCGGAAACUGACGCGGAUAGGACUGACGAAGUCGAGCAUGAAAUAACAAUUCAUGAAGACCGUGUGCAGAAAUCGAGCCCUUCGCGGAAGCGAAAUCUCACCAUCACCUUCUCAUCGCCAGUCGCAUCCAUCAUUCAGGACGUUUUCCCUCUGCAAUCGGAAAGUGGGAUGACGGACGAUGAUAGCACUCUGGAACGAUCUGUCGGUGAUAUUGCUGCUGAUUCUUUGAAGCGAGGGAGACAUGCUAGAGUCGAUCGAACAUUCAGCACGAGAUCUGAACAGUCACGAUCAAGAAGCCGAUCUAAGAGUACUGGUCGAAAUCUUUCGGUGAAAGGGCCGGCAUUCGUUCCCCGGCCUGUUUCGCGCAUCGAUGAGCAAGAUGAAGACUCAUCCAUUGACUUUUCCGCAUUGGAUCAGCGGCAGCUCAGCAUUCGUGGGGAGUCUAGCAUGGUCGCAUCUCAAGAUGAAGAGAAGCGACGGGCGAGUGUCAGCAUCAUCAUCAGCACUCCCGCUCCAGCGCGGCAUGUUUCUCACGGUUCUGCUACGCCGAUUAUUGCACAACAUGUCGGUACCCUGUCUCUCAGUCCUCUAUCCGACUUCACCAUGAACCAUGGGGAUCAAUCACAUGCUCUAGAGGUCAGCUACGUCGUCGGCGAUGAUUAUCUGGUCACAGGCGACGGGUCAAAGCGGAUCAUGUCGCAAGCCAUUCGGAAUCUCGUCGAAAAGAUCACCGAGGUGGAACCCUUCGAACCAGAUUGGGAUGCCAUGCAAGUAUUGGAUAUCAACAACAAACAACUGAAAAGCCUGCACAAGCUGGACGAGUUCUGCGGCAGUGUCGUUUCCCUCGAUGCCUCUAACAACUGCAUCAGCCAUCUGGACGGAGUGCCAGAGUCGGUGCGGAAUCUCAGGAUAACGAACAACCAUCUUUCGGAACUCACGGCUUGGGGUCACCUCAUGAACUUGCAGUAUGUCGACAUCUCCAACAAUCAGAUUAACAGUCUGUAUGCAUUCAAGGAGCUCGUCCACCUGCGGAGUCUUCGCGCAGACAAUAACCAGAUCACCAACCUGGAUGGCAUCAAGUUCCACGAUAGCCUCCAGGUGCUCCGGGUGCGAGGCAACCUGAUCGAGGACGUUGACUUCGAAGGAACAAAACUUCAUCGCCUGACCGAGCUGGACCUGCGCGGAAACCAGAUCAGCUCGAUCGAGCAUUUGGAACAGCUUUCCUGCUUGUCCACGUUGAACCUCGAGAACAACCGCCUCACAUCAUUCACGACAACGACAAAAACGAGCAUGGCUUCCUUGAAAUACUUGAAACUAUCCAACAACAUGAUUACAGAGCUGGAUCUGGCUGCAUUUCCUUCUGUCCGCAUGCUGCACGCAGAUCGCAACCAUCUGGCUACACUCAAGGGCUUCUCAAAAGCUCGGAGGCUUGAUAGCCUGUCUCUACGUGAACAGAGAGGUGACACGCCACUGGACGUAUCCUUCCUCACUUCUGCUUACGAAGUACGGAAAUUGUUCCUUUCAGGCAAUCUGCUCUCGGCCUUUGAGCCAAAGGUUGAUUUCCUGAACCUACAGUACUUGGAACUUGCAAACUGCGGACUGCAGUCCCUCGCUGCAGACCUCGGACAGCUGAUGCCGAACCUGCGCACGUUGAACCUGAAUUUCAACGCGAUCGAGGAUCUCUCUGCUCUGCGUUACAUCCCCAGGCUGAAGAAGCUGCUGGUCGCCGGCAACAGGCUUAAGGAUAUCCGUGCCGUUUGUGCUGUGCUGGGCGAGUUUCCACACAUGAACAAGCUGGACCUCAGAGACAACCCCACAACCCUAGGUUUCUACCCCCCGGUGCAGACCUUGGUCUCGGUCGAUACCGAGGCGGAGUUUGACCCCUUCACCCUGCCAGAUGCGGGUAAGGAGCGGGAUGAGUUAUUCUCAAAGAGGCUCGAUAUGGGGACGAAGCAAAAGAGACGGUUCUACGAGAUUGCCAUGACGCAGUGCUGUUGCCGCCUCAAAUUGCUGGAUGGGCUUGCUAUAGACAGAAAGGAGGUCAGGAGGAGAGACGGUGUGUGGCAAGCACUGGUCGAACAGGGCAUGGUGUCAGAGGCUGCCCAGAGCAAGGAGGGUCCGACGCCCGCUCAGACAUCAUGA